CAUGCGCUGUUUUCAACCCACAGAGUGAGAGGCUUGUUGCUAACUAGCUGAAUCAUUUGGCAGAGGUUCCUCCUUUUUUUGUGAUUGUAAUUGUCUUGCAGUGCAAUGGCGGCAAGAUAUGAUAGGGCUAUUACUGUAUUUUCUCCUGAUGGACAUCUUUUUCAAGUGGAAUAUGCACAAGAAGCUGUAAAGAAAGGCUCCACAGCGGUGGGAAUCAGAGGUAAAGAUAUUGUUGUCCUUGGUGUGGAGAAGAAAUCUGUUGCAAAGUUGCAGGAGGAAAGGACUGUCCGCAAGAUAUGUGCACUGGAUGAGCAUGUCUGCAUGGCAUUUGCAGGUCUGACAGCAGAUGCCCGUAUUGUGAUAAACAGAGCUCGGGUUGAGUGCCAGAGCCACAGGCUAACCGUUGAAGAUCCAGUCACAGUGGAAUACAUCACACGUUACAUAGCAACGCUGAAACAGCGCUACACUCAAAGCAAUGGGCGUAGGCCAUUUGGAAUCUCAGCGUUAAUUGUUGGGUUUGACUACGAUGGAACCCCCAGGCUGUACCAGACAGACCCAUCAGGGACCUAUCAUGCCUGGAAAGCAAAUGCAAUUGGCCGUAGUGCAAAAACCGUGAGAGAGUUCUUGGAGAAAAAUUACACAGAUGAAGCCAUUGCUGGUGACAACGAGGCAAUCAAGUUGGCCAUCAAAGCUUUGCUUGAGGUUGUCCAGUCAGGAGGAAAAAAUAUUGAACUUGCUGUUAUCAGACGGAAUCAGCCACUCAAGAUUUUGGAGUCCAAGGAAAUUGAGACUCUGGUGGCUGAGAUAGAGAAGGAAAAAGAAGAAGAGGCAGAGAAGAAGAAGCAGAAAAAAUCCACUUGAAGCAGUUGACAAGAUAUCUUUAUUGCACUUGAAUGACAAUAGCAUAGGUUCAGAAUAUUAGUUUCAUGGUUUAUUUCACUGUAAAGAGCCAAUUCCUAACUUGAAAGUUACUGAUGUUGCUAAAAUGUUUUUACACAUUUGAAGUCAUCGUCCACCAGCUGCAAAGAAUAGUAAGUUCUUAUACAUGAAAUUGUUGUGUUGGCUAAGUUUGAACAUACCUGCUAAUAGAGGUGUGUCCAAACAUUACCCCAGUUUCUCAAGUUAGGAGUUGGAUCUUUUGCUACACUCACAGGAUUUAUUUUUUUUAAUUCUUUACCAGAUGGCUCAAACGUUGAUGACUCUCAAUGGCAGAAAUAAAAUGUUUAUGACAUUCAGAACCAUAAUGAAACUAAAUAAUCAAUAAAAGUGGACUUGUUUGUA